CAAUCCAAGCUCGGCGUUCUUCAGUUCUAGGUCGCGAUUUCUUCAAAUCGUAUCUUCUGAUGUGAUAAGUUUCAAACUUCAAACUCGUCUAUUCCUGUAAUACAGCUUCCGUCCAGGUGAAAGAAAAAUGGAGGAGAAGCUCGAAAUUUCUCUAGACAAGCUUCCAAUUAAGCGCCUUGAAGCCAUUGAGGAAAAUGGACUUGAGCGCUACCCUUCUGAUGUAGGAUAUGAAGAGAAGAGAGUCAAUGAAAUUCGGAGAAUAGAUUUCGCGUGGGCGGUAGGGAGAGAGGAUCCUAACAAGAAGCAAAAGACAACCUCUGCUUCUUCUAAGGAGAGUGCAACUUCAUGGCCGUGGCAGAGCAUGGUGGAGAACUUGCAGUUGGCUCAACAAGAGCUCUCUGUCAUCAUCGACCUCAUCAACACUCUGGAGGCUAAUGAUGCGGUUACAGUUGCUAGCAUGACCAGGCCAAAACCGUUGCCUAAUGAACAUGUUGCAGAUCUUGCUGUAUCUACUGCCACUAAGCUACAGUGCUUUCGGCAUCUAGGAAAAUAUUUCAAGCAAUCUGCCAACGCAUUGGAACGGCAAGUAACUAGAGAAGCACGAUUCUAUGGAGCCCUUAUCAGACUACAGCAAAACUGGAAAGUCAAAAGGCAACGUAUUGCUGUCACAUCUCCUGCAAAUGAAGGGUUUUAUAUUGAUUUAUUUGAUAAUGUGUUGAAUGGUCCAUCUGCUAUAUCUCGUCCUCCUGCCAUAUCAGCCGUUCGCAUUGAACAUGAUCCAUCUGGAAUGUUGUCCAUAAAUCUGCCACCACGGGCAUGUCGCUUUCUUCAAUUUUGUUUUUCGCAUUUAGAUGAAAAGCCAACACUGCCAAUCAAAUUACAUGAAGCUAACAAAGAAUCCUUGGGCGAUGAUGCAAGUGUUAAAGAUACUCAUUCAAUCCUCCGUGAAGUACAUUAUGCAAUAUUCAAUGAGCUGGUUUUUGAGUUGGUUAAUCGAGAAGCAUUUAACCAAUCUUUUGGUGUGCAAGUCAUUGUGAUGCAAGAAAACUAUUUACAGUUAAGCAUAGAACAAGGAGUUUCCGUAACCAUCCAAAUGGUAUCAUCUGAAAAAAACGAUCAAAUAACUGAGGAUUCCAUGGCAAUUGAAAGGUCAAAGUUGGGAGAAGGAAUCCAUGACAAAACAAAAAAGAUAUCCAAGUUUCCUAGUGAAAUUUGUUACCAAAUUCUCUUGGAGCAAAUUUUUCAUCAACAUGUGUUGGUAAAGGCAAAGAACAAAGCUCAGUUAUCAAACCAGCCAAAGGAUGUGUCUAAUUUGCUGGGCCAUUUUUGUAUCUCCCUUGCUCACAGGAUCUUUUCAAACAAAGUUCUAAAUGAACUUGAAUCUUUGGUUUCGGGGAUACCAUAUGUCCAUCUGAUGUCGCAUCCUUCUUGGCAUUCUCGAACUUCUUCAUGGACACUCUUCAUGAAUGUUCCUCAAUCAAUCCUUCAUGAUGGAGUAACGUCACAAUUCCGAACUAAGAUUGUGGUUGAAGAUGAUCGCAUUACCAUAGAAGGCGAAGGUGCUCCAAAUGUUGUUGGACUUUUCAAAGGAAGACCUGAGAUUACCUGCUCUAUAAAAAGAUAUGAAUGUGGUUUAUCAAAUCUUUCUACCAUUCUUCUACAGCUGAUGGCGAGUCAAGUUAUUAGAUGGCUUCAUAAGGAGGCACUUAUGGUGGGAGUGAAUGCAAAGCGAGAUUACCUGUCUUUGUCGUUCGAAGUGGACCAAGGAAAAACACUCGGCUUGGUAGCGCACAUUGACCCAGAAGAUAGUGUAGGAUGUAUAUGUUGGUGGUUGGUGAUUGAACAAGGAAUUGUGGAACCCUACAAUGGUAAAUCAUCGGACACGAGAAAGUUCCUUGGUCAUUUAUCACUCGAUGUUUUGUAUUCCACAUUGUUGGAUUUGGUCAGCCUUUGCACUUGCACUGGGAGUGGGGUUAAUUAAUACAAUUUUCUUUCUGAUGCAAUGUUUUGAAGCUCAUAGGCUUGUUUGUUGUGCCUUUUGUUUCAUUGGUUUAGGUGAAUAUCUACCAUAACUAUUUUUAGAGUAAAAAUGAGGUUCUAGUUUGAGUA